AUGUGUGUUAGGAUCGCCAUCGAUCUGGAGAUUUUCACCACCUUGACCGAAAGGGGUUGUCCGACGAGAUUAGAGGAGUUAGCGGCCGUCAAGGGCGCUGAUCCUAUUCUGACAGAACGAGUGCUGCGCAUUCUGACCGGCAUCGGUUAUGUGGCGGAGCACGACGUGAGAGUGUAUAUCCCGACGGCAAUGACGAGGCAAAUGACCGACCGUUUGACGUGGCUCGCCAUAAAACCGGGACACCUGGACGCCUGCAACACGUUCAUGGAAGCGGAUCGGGGUAGCCGACCCAGCUGGUUGGAGUGGUUUCCGGUUCAGGAACCACUGAUUGAGGGUUAUCAGAAGGGUGACAGCGAUGUGCUACUCGUGGACGUAGCAGGACGACGUGGACAUGAUAUUGCUGCCUUCCAGACCAAAUUUCCCGAUGCGCCAGGCCGGCUGGUACUGGAGGAUCUUUCGCAAGUUCUAGAGAGUGCAGUGGUUCAUCCCAAGAUUGACCAUAUUUCAUUCGAUCUGUUCAAGCCGCAACCAAUACAAGGUGCGCGGACUUACUACUUGAAAUUCAUCCUGCACGAUUGGUCGGAUGAGGAUUGUCGUCGGAUCCUUAGGCAUGUCGGAGCGGCCAUGAAGAAGGGGUACUCAAAAUUGAUCAUUGAGGAGUUUGUGCUGGCUGAUAGAGACUGUGAUAUGCUGCCUGCAAUGUGGGACUGGGAGAUGUUGAUCUUCUGCAACAGUAUGGAACGUACGGCGGACCGGUGGAGGAAACUGAUCGGUUCUGCGGGCUUUCGAGUAGUGAAAUUCUGGCCUCCUCCAGGGGAUGGACAAGGUAUAAUCGAAGCACAGCUGGAGUUAAAUUGA